UAUAUAAAGGGUGGUUUUCCAGUACAACGACAGAAAACGAUCUAUUUUAUUCACGCGCGAGUAUCAUUCACGCCAAAGUAUCAACAUGAAGGCUCUGAUCUGCCUGAUGCUGAUCUCCGCAGCAUUCGCCGGUGAAGAAAAGACAAUAAGCAAGCGUGGCCUGACUCUGGGUGGAUGGGAAUAUGGUAGUGGCCUGUCUCUUGGUGGAUAUGAGGGAUAUGGCAAAAGCUACACCAUCGUCAAGGAGAAGGCUGUUCCUGUCGCGGUUCCGCAUCCAGUUCCCGUUUUAGUUGACCGUCCUGUCCAUGUUAAGGUUCCAGUCGCCAUUCCAGCGCCCUACCCAGUUGUUAAAACGCAAACAAUCACAAUUCCCGUAGAGAAGCCAGUUCCAUACCCCGUUCCUGUCAAGGUGCCCUAUCCAGUUAUUCAAACGAAAACUAUCACGGUUCCCGUAGAGAAGCCAUAUCCAGUCACGGUUCCUGUCAAGGUGCCAGUGCCAGUGCCCGCCCCAUACCCCGUUAAGGUUGCAGUAUCCCACCCAGUCCCAGUUCAAGUCCCACACCCAGUUCCAGUUCCGGUCCCGCAGCCGGUCCUCGUCAAAGAAACGGUUCCCAUUUAUGUUAAGGGCCACUAUUAGAUGAAGUUUUUCUCCAAAAAAAGUCACAUACACGCCACCCGGCUCCAUUUCGCGAUCUCUUCUUCCCAGCAGCGCAAAAUCCAUCACGACGAGCGUCCAAAUACAAAAGACGUUUCUUCUGUCGUGUAGUACCUUGAAUUCACGGAAUAAAUUUUGUAAAUGUUUUCAUAAAAA